AUGGGGUCUCGCACACAAAACCUCUCAUUUCUCACUCUGCUCCUCCUCCUCGGCUUCCUCACCGUCUCCUAUGCUAAUUGCGACUGCAGCCCUCCUAAACCCCCAAAACAUCCCGUCAAACCACCUAAACCACCUACAAAACCUCCCACUGUUAAACCACCAACGAAACCUCCCACCGUCAAACCACCAACGAAACCUCCCACCGUAAAACCACCUACGAAACCUCCAACCGUUAAACCACCUACGAAACCUCCCACCGUUAAGCCACCAACGAAACCUCCCACCGUAAAACCACCUACGAAACCUCCCACCGUCAAGCCACCAACGAAACCUCCCACCGUAAAACCACCAACGAAACCUCCUACUGUUAAACCACCAACAAAACCCCCGACUGUUAAACCACCAACGAAACCUCCCACCGUUAAGCCACCAACGAAACCUCCCACCGUUAAGCCACCCACAAAACCGCCCACCCACAAGCCUCCACCAAAAGUGUGCCCGCCGCCAACACCAACCACACCCGUGAAACCACCGCCAACGCCAACUCCACCCGUUAAACCACCGCCAACACCAACUCCACCAGCUGUUACACCGCCGACUCCACCCGUUGUUACACCGCCGACACCAACUCCACCCGUUGUAACACCGCCGACACCAACUCCUCCUCCUGUGGUGACACCACCAACGCCAACUCCUCCUCCUGUGGUGACACCACCACCAACACCAACUCCUCCCGUUGUUACACCCCCAACACCAACUCCACCGGUUAUAACGCCACCAGCACCAACCCCACCGGUUAUAACACCGCCAACACCAACUCCACCCGUUGUGACACCACCAACACCAACUCCGCCUAAACCAGAGACUUGCCCGAUCGACACACUAAAGCUAGGCGCUUGUGUGGACGUUCUUGGUGGUUUGAUUCACAUUGGGCUUGGUAAAAGCCACGCCAAAGCAGAGUGUUGUCCCGUUUUGGGAGGUUUAGUUGAUUUAGAUGCAGCUGUUUGUCUAUGCACCACCAUUAAAGCCAAGCUUCUCAACCUCGACAUCAUUUUACCUAUUGCUCUUGAGCUUCUUCUCGACUGUGGAAAAACUCCACCACCUGGUUUCAAGUGUCCGGCUUAA